AUGAAGAACUCCCUCCAUUUCAAAGGGCUUCUGGAUUCUUCCCUCCGUUCAGCCUCCCCUCACAUUCCACUCUCCCCACCAAUGUCGACGGGUAGCUCCGCAUCCACCUCUGUUCAGAGAGAAGGCGAUUCUCCAGCCAAGGCCAGGAACACAAAGAGACCAGGGUUCGAAGAAUACACAAGCUAUAAUGACCGGUGGAAGGCCCGGUACGAGCAGCUGAAGGAGUUCAAGAAGGAGCAUGGUCACCUUCGAGUUCCUGCAAGUGUUCCAGGGCUUGGGCGCUGGGUAACCUGCCAGAGGCAGGAGAGAAGGAGAAAGAAGAUCAGCAAGGACAGAAUCAAGGCCCUUGACGCCAUUGGAUUUUUGUGGUGUGGUUUUCCAACUGUCCGAAUGCCACAAGAGAGUGGUGGGAGUGGUUCUGAGACUGAAACUGUGGCUGUCAGCUUUGACGGGCACGAUGAUAUUGCUGGCACUGCUGGUGGGUCAGCCAAGGCAAGGAAGCCAGCUGUUGCCAAGUUGAGGAACUGUUCCUACAUUCAACAGCAGGAGGACGAAUACUGGUAUGUCCAAGAGAAAUCCCAUUGGAAGCGAGAUGAUUCUGAUCAGAAGGAAGAAGAGGAGGGAGCCAUUCCAAGCAAACUUCAGCUGCUUCACAAACUGGUCAUGACCCAAGAAAAAAUGCAGCUACAGAGUGAGAAAAUCCAGCAGCUACAGAGUGAGAAAAUCCAACAGCUACAGAGUGAGAAAAUCCAACAGCUGCAGGGGAAAGAGGCCUGGCAUAUCAAAAAAAUGCCUCGCCAGUCCCGAAGCAAUCGCCACAGGAAGGAUUAUUUGGAUGAGGAAGGGGACGAUUCGGAUGAGGACGCAUACAACGAGACAGUUGCUCCAAACCACAAAGAGAGAAAGCUGCGCCAUCUCAAGGAGCCCCACAACAAGAAACGCUGCAGGAGGGAUGAUUCAGACUAG